AUGGAGCGCAAGGAGGAGCAGGCGGUGGUGGCUUCAUCCCUGGAGAUUCAAGUCAGAGCCCAAGUGCUGGAAGAGGUGUAUGACCGUAGCAAAGACACACUCCGGCCAGUCACAAUCAAGCAGAUAAAUGAAGCGCCCCCAUCAGCACAAGAAGGAGACUUUAAGAUAGAUGACACAGAAAUAUCACAGCUCACCUUCGUAGGCCAGAUUCGCAACAUUUCGACGCAAGCCACCAAUGUUACAUACAAGCUCGACGACGGUACGGGAACGAUUGAGGUCAAGCAAUGGGUCGAUGCAGACGCCACCACCCCCUUCGGCGAGGCAGAUAACUCAGGAAAAAAAAAGCUAGCCGAGAACAAGUAUGCGCGCGUAUACGGAAAACUGAAGUCCUUUAACAACAAGCGCCAUGUCGGUGCGACCAUCAUACGGCCAGUAACAGACUAUAACGAAGUCUCCUAUCAUCUGCUUGAGGCGACAGCCGUGCACCUGCACUACACAAGAGGUCCCCUCAAUGGAGGACAGAAGAGUACAGGCACAAAUGGGACAUAUGACGCGCAGGCUGGUACUAAUAUGAACAUGGCAAGUGGUGGACAAUCUAUGGCUGGACUAAGCGCCAACGCGAAGAAGGUUUUUAUGUGCUUGUCCACUAGCCAGCAGAGUAACGAGGGCCUACAUGUGCAGGUCAUUGCGAGUGAGACAAGAAUGGAUCCUGCAGAUGUGUACAAGGGUGGCGAGGACUUGUUGGCUGCAGGCAUGAUCUAUACAACUGUUGACGACAGCACCUGGGCACUUCUCGAGAUAUGA